UCAAAUAAUACCUCUUUCGCAUGUGUGCUUCAAAGCCAUCUCCUGCCUUCCUCCAAAAGAGGACCUGAACAUCUGCCUUUACAAUCAAGUAUGUACUGGGUCAUUUCCUGUAGUUCCCAUGCCCCUGGAUUUUUCAUAUGCAGAGAUUAUGAGAGAACCUGGCAGGCCGGGUCUUGGCCAUGCUUCCCCCCACCUGUUCCCUCUCGCUCUAGCCGUGGGCCUGGCAACAAGCAGCACUCACAGCCUGGUCUGCACACAGCAGAAAGACUUCCACAACCUGUUGCUCUCUUUACAGACCCUGCACACUAUGGAGAAAAUGACGCAGAUGCUGCUGGUCAGCCAUCGCACCUCCAACGGAAAGGAGCUGCAGAACAUCUUGGAGGUCCGUCUAUUGCGGAGCUCUGCCCCCAGAGCUCUCUUUGGUAGAAUUUGAGGCCUCUCCAUAGGAGCAACACUGGCAGCAGCCAGAGCCUGCAAGGGACCUCAGUGGCAGUAGCCCCAUGAAGGGCUGGACUCUAGCUCAGGGGAGGCCUGGAUGGGUGCUGUGACUCCAGCCGGGAGCUCAGCAGAGCUGCUUCUGUGUGCUGAUCCACCUUCCACAGUGUGACAGGUACCAGCCCGGACAUCUCCACAGUCUUCUUGUCUUGUUCACGUGAAGAGCGGGGCUCAGAGAUGUUCUCGCUGCCAGAGCCAAGCAAAGCUGCAGGCUAUCCUUGAGGAGCAGGCCUUCCAUUCCACCCUCCACCCUCCAUGGCACCUUCCAUUUCAGGGCAAACCCCGAGUGCAUAAGCCUGGUAGCAGAGCCUUACGACGAAGGACCGUUCUUGGAAGGUCCAAAUCGAGGCAAAAAGCCGCACCUAAGAAGCUCUGAGAAGCUCUAAAGAAGCUGAUCGAGAGCGAGGCAGCCUGCAGCCCGCAGUCCACGGCCUGCAGCACGCACCCCACCCCCAGCCGGCAGGCAGGCAGGCGGGCGGGCAGGCGGGCAGGCAGGGCGAGGCAGGCAGGCAUAUAGGCUUAACACUUAGCACUUAACAGGUCCCUUAGGUCGUUGCUCUCUUGACACACCAAAGUGCAACCGUGGUCCCCAGACGGCAGCAAGAAAGGGAGUAGAGACUCAGACUGAAAGCAUGAAUGCCCAUGCCGCAGUUCAGGUCUCAGGCUGUGGAGAACGCCUGGCCCUGUCACUGCUACAGGAGGGCAGCAGGGAUACCACCUGUGUGUGGUGGUGCGAGCAGGUGGAUGAUCUGCUCAGCCUGGUGGUAGAGCUAAAGGAGGAAGUGGAAAGGCCUUAUUAGGAUGCAGUGUUACCAAUUAUCUGACAGUGUAUUGUCAGCUAAUCAGAAAUAAGGGCACAGGAUUGUAUCUACUGUGUGAAACUCUUCAUUUACAUCUUUACGACUCAGUAGUGUAUGCCUAGGAGCUCACAAGCCUGUGAGCAAAACAGCUGCUGAGCUGAAGGCGAAUGUUGGUCUUCCUCCUCUGUCCUACUGUGGCUGUCUCUGGCCUCGCAUCAAAAGCAGGAGAGCCUGGGCAGUAUGGCUGCUCUCGGGCCCACUUCCAAAGCUUUCUUGGUAAGCAUGUGCACACAUCCCUCCUACUGGAGGAGUUUGGUCUAUGUCAUUUAAACCCUGGGGCCGUGAGCUAGCCCCCACGCAGGGCUAGCCCCACGCAGGGCGACGGGUCACAAUGGGGCUCUUAGUGACCUAUCCCUGUGACACCCAGGGAUAGCUGGCGCCAACCUGGAGGUUACACAGUGUCCGACAGGGCAGGAGUGUGCGGGUCUGGCGAGGAGUCCCAGAGCGCAGCACACAUCAUUUCCCUCUACCCCUGGCAGCCCCGUGGCUGCCACCUCCCCACCUUCAGCCUUCAUCCCACAGGAUGGAGGAGAGACCCCCCAGCCGCCCCAGGGUGGCCUGGGCAGAGAGCGGGGCUCCCCAGGAGAGAAGACCUCCACCGGAGCCCUACGAGGUGACUGAGGUGCAGUCGCUGCAUGGUGAUGCAGAGGAGGAGAAUGAGGAGAUGGAGAAGGAGACCAUAGAUACCAUACAAAGCUUCCUCGGGAGUACCGAAAAGGUGCUGCUGCCCUUCACCACAUCCCAGAGAAAAACCGUGCAUGAGAUGGACAUGGAGCAGAUCUGGAAGCUUUGCGGCUUCAUGGCCAGCAGUUUCUCCCAGGAGCCAUUUGGACAACUCCUUCAACCUUCUCAGAGGACAGACGUUGUCCUCAUGGCCCUUGAAAAGACCGCUGGAGGCUGCUGUGUUGAGGACAGUGAGUGGGCCAAAAUUAUCCUGGAUGUGGUUCUGAGACAGCCUGGCAUCUGGCUGAUGGAUGUGCCAGUGAUUAUGGCGUUCAUCCACAGACACCUAAAAAGCAAGAAAACAUCAAUUCAGCAGACGCUCUUCUCAGUGCUUGACGUGCUGGCCUACCAGUUUCCCAGAGAUGUGCUGACAGCUGUGUUGACCCACCUUCCACAGAGUGACAGCACUACUCUGGAUAUGUGGAAGAGUAUGCUUUACUUCCCACGGUCAUCAGGGAGGGUCUUGGAAGUGCUGUGCACUGUGCUCAAGGAGGAAGACCUCUGCGGGAUACCCACAGCAGAGUUGGACCUCGUUCGCCUGACUGUGCCAGAGAUUCUUGCGUCCAUCCAUAGAAACCUGAAAAGCCCGCCUACAUUACAUCAGCCGACCUUCUUGUCACUGCUGGAUAUGCUGGCCUGCCAGUUCCCUAGAAAUGUGCUGACGUGCGUGUUGACCCACCUUCCACAGAAUGACAGCACUACUCUGGAUAUGUGGAAGAGUAUGCUUUCAUCCACACGGUCAUCAGAGAGGGUCUUAGAAGUGCUAUUCCUUGUCUUCAAGAUGGGCACUCUGUGCGGGAUACCCACAGCAGAGUUGGACCUCCUUCACCUGACUGUGCCAGAGAUUCUUGGGUCCAUCCCUAGAAACUUGAAAAGAAGGCGUGCAUCACUUCAGGAGACACUCUUCUCAUUGCUGGAUAUGCUGACCAGACACUUUCCCAGAGAUGUGCUGAUGAGUGUGUUGACCCACCUUCCACAGUGUGACAGCACUACUCUGGACAUCUGGGAGAGCCUGCUUGCCCCAGCAGCGACUUCAGAGAGGGUCUUGGAAGAGCUGUGCAGUGUUCUUCAGGACCAACAGCUGUGCAUGACCUUUAACUUCACCACCGUGGAUUUUGGCCUUCUUCGUCUGACUGUGAUGCGCCCCACUGAAGAGAUCCUGCAGGAGUUAUGUAACCCAGACCUCUUCCAGAUGUUCCUGAAGAUUAAAAGCUUGCCACUACUAUGGCUGGUGCUCAGAGGCCUUGUCCUCCUGUCAGAGAGACCUGAGACGGCAAGAGAAAUACGGGCCCUGCUGCCAGACAUCAUGGAGACCCUGCAGUUUGGCAACGUGCACGUCACUCUUAACGCACUGAAUAUCUUCAGAAACAUGAUGAAUCAUCUGGGGAAGAUGGUGCUGCGUCCCAUUACUCUGGAGCUGGCCGACAAGCUCCUGCAUCUUUUUAAUCACGUGUCAGGUGAAGUACGAGAGUCUUCCAUCCUCCUCUUCCAAGAUGUGAUGGAGGCUGUGGUGUGGUGGCAAAAGGGAAAAAUGCGGAAGAACGUACGCCGGGGCCUGCUCCCUCUGCUCUUUCGGAACAGUGAUGAGACCUCAAGUGUUGCAGAGGCGGCGGGGGAAACCCUUCUUGCUUGUGCAAAGUUCCUGAACUGGCAGGAGCUCAAGCACCAGGCUGAGAAGAGGAAUAUGGUGGGGAUCAGGGAGUGCUUGCUACAGCAGGACAGGAAGAGGGUGGAUAAAUACCUGCAGCAGAGCCUGCUCUACCUGAGGGAUUCUCAGGCUGCUAUGCGACAAGAGGCUCUCUCGUUCAUUGGGCUGGCGUGGGUCUACUGGGACCAAAGUGAGGAAAUGCGGAAGAAAAUCUACAGUGUCCUCCAUCCUUUGGAACGUGACAGCCAUCCGACGAUCCGUUCUCUGGCAACUUCCACAAUCCUGAUGCUGAGAUAUUCACGUCAGCAGGCAAAAUCAGGAGGGGGCAGGCUGGUAGAACUGCGUUGCUGGCCCUGCAAUCCCCUCUUUCGUCAUAAGUAUGAUUGAUUAUGCCACUGAUUCUAUGAAGUUUUUUUAUUGUUCUAUGAUUAAAUUCUAUAAUAACUACAAAGCCGUUCCCUUGGUGUCCUCCUGUGUUGAGCUUAUGCGCAAGGCUUCCGUAGCAGUGGGCCAGAGGUGGAACCAGCAUGGGGAGGGCUUGGGUGAAGAGCCUGCCCCAGCCAUCUCCAAAUGGGAUCUGGCCCUGGAGGAGCCCAUGUAGGAGCAGCUGGAUCAGGGCUGAAGGAGGUUGCAACCCAUGAGAAGAACCAUGGUGCUGUAGGCUGUCUCCCUGCGGCUCAUGGUGUCAAGAAUGGACAGAAAUCAGAGGAUUGGUCUGGAUGCAAGAGUGCAUCCUCAGCACGUUUGCUGACAGUACUCAAGGGGGAGGUGCAACUGAUUCUCUGGAGGGGUGAGAGGCCUUUCAUGGGGAGAGAGGUCCAUUGCAGGGCUGGACAAUCAGCAACAGCCUGCAUUCCCACUGAAGAAAAUAAAGUCUUUAAACUGGCGUACAUCAUUCCA